UCUUGUUCGACUCUCUUUUGUCUCCCAAAAUUUACUUUCUCUUUUUUAAGUCAGAUUCCUAAUCCAUUCUUUCUUUCGGUCUUCUUCUUCUAUUUCGCCGUUCUGAGAGUACCUUACUACUACUGUUCCCUUGGAUGAAGAACAGAAAGUGAAAGUUGCAGUCUUUAAACUAGGAUUUGGUCAAUUCCCAUUGUUUCAUGGGCAAUUCAUGCCGUGGAUCUUUCAAGGACAAAAUCCACCAAGGCAAUAACAAUAAGCCUGAAGAUAGUAACUCUAAAACCUCUACUACCAACGUUUCUUCUAAUUCCGACCAUUCUCCGACCAACAACGCUGCUGAAACCAUUGCUCAAGAAUUCUCCAAAGAAGUAGCUCACAAGAAAGACAACAGCAAAAAUCCAGCUCUUCUUAUUCCUUUAAGAGAACCAAUCAUGAGGCGUAACCCGGACAAUCAAGCUUACUAUGUUCUUGGUCAUAAGACACCAAACAUUCGUGAUUUCUACACGCUUAGCCGUAAGCUAGGACAAGGUCAAUUUGGAACGACUUAUCUAUGUACAGAAGUUUCAACGGGCAUUGACUACGCUUGUAAGUCAAUAUCCAAGAGGAAGUUGAUCUCCAAGGACGAUGUUGAGGAUGUUAGGAGGGAGAUUCAGAUAAUGCACCACUUAGCUGGUCACGGUAAUAUCGUGACGAUUAAAGGAGCUUAUGAGGACUCUUUGUAUGUUCACAUUGUGAUGGAGCUCUGUGCUGGAGGUGAAUUGUUUGAUAGGAUUAUUCAGAGAGGGCAUUAUAGUGAGAGGAAAGCUGCUGAGCUGACUAAGAUCAUUGUCGGGGUUGUUGAAGCGUGUCAUUCGCUUGGUGUUAUGCAUAGAGACUUAAAGCCUGAGAAUUUCUUGUUGGUUAAUAAGGAUGAUGAUUUCUCCCUCAAGGCUAUUGAUUUUGGACUAUCUAUCUUUUUCAAACCAGGUCAAAUAUUCACUGAUGUUGUUGGAAGUCCUUAUUAUGUUGCUCCUGAGGUUUUGCUCAAACGUUAUGGGCCUGAAGCUGAUGUGUGGACUGCUGGUGUUAUAUUGUAUAUAUUGCUAAGCGGAGUCCCGCCUUUCUGGGCAGAAACACAACAAGGGAUAUUUGAUGCUGUGUUGAAAGGAUAUAUAGACUUUGAGUCAGACCCGUGGCCUGUGAUAUCCGACAGUGCUAAAGACUUGAUCCGCAGAAUGUUAUGUUCCAAGCCUGCAGAACGUUUGACCGCUCAUGAAGUCUUGCGUCAUCCAUGGAUUUGCGAGAAUGGUGUUGCACCAGAUAGAGCACUUGAUCCGGCUGUUCUGUCCCGUCUCAAACAGUUCUCUGCAAUGAAUAAACUAAAGAAGAUGGCUUUGAAGGUUAUAGCUGAGAGCCUCUCAGAAGAAGAGAUUGCUGGUUUAAGAGAAAUGUUUCAAGCAAUGGAUACUGAUAAUAGCGGUGCAAUCACAUUUGAUGAACUCAAAGCUGGGCUGAGAAAAUAUGGGUCUACCUUGAAAGACACAGAGAUCCAUGAUCUUAUGGACGCGGCUGAUGUGGACAACAGUGGGACAAUAGAUUACAGCGAGUUCAUUGCAGCGACUAUCCAUCUCAACAAACUGGAGAGGGAAGAGCAUCUUGUCGCUGCGUUUCAAUACUUUGACAAAGACGGUAGCGGUUACAUAACAAUCGAUGAGCUGCAACAAGCAUGUGUUGAACAUGGCAUGGCUGAUGUUUUCCUUGAAGACAUCAUUAAUGAAGUUGAUCAAAACAAUGAUGGAAAGAUUGAUUAUGGUGAGUUUGUGGAGAUGAUGCAAAAGGGAAAUGCUGGUGUUGGAAGAAGAACGAUGAGAAAUAGUCUAAACAUUAGCAUGAGAGACGCGUAGAGAACCUGCUUGUGCGAUUGAGACUUGGUAAAUGUUCUUACUCAUGGGAUCAACAAUCUCAAUGCUCGGUUGCUCCCCACGUAAAAGGAGAGAAAAAGAAGAAGACCAAACUGGAUUCAUCGGUUCGAGCUAAUGUUUAACGACUGUGUUAUUAAUUAUCAAGUAGCUUUGGAGGUUUUAUUCUUUUCCUUUUUGUUGUCUGUAUGUUUGGUUUUUGUUUAUUAUGGCCAUUGUUGAAGUUAGUGAGCUUUGUUCAUCAUCUUCAAUUGUGUAACUUUGUUCACUCUUUGUAUUUGAAAAAACAAGAAAAAAUGUCUUUGUACGUUGUGUGAUUUCUAAGCAUAUUUACUUUGGAAAA